UCUGUUAACCAGGGUUAGUUGUCUGAUGUAUCUCUGGAUAUUUUCACUUGGUUUAAAUUAGUGUCUUUGGUGGAGUGACCGCAAUCCUUGAGAGAGAGAUUGAUUUGGUGAAAGAGAGAACAACAACAACCCCCUCCUCUUAAAGGUAUUGUGACACAUUUCCUGCCCUCCUCUUCUCCACUUUACCUUGUGUUGGCCCUAUUUUUAGUCCGGCCAAGGGAAACAGUCAGGUAGAGGCAGGAAAACUAAGUUGGGAAAGAAUAGGAGGAAGUCUACUUGCCAUUUAGACAAACAAUCAGCGGUCUAGCGGGAGUGAGCUGCUGCUCUUUACGACGAGAGAGAGAGAGAGAGGGGACAGAGCGAGGUACAAUAGAAGUGGGUCAGCCACAGAAAAGACCAGAGAAGAUACACAGUACUGGAGCAGUAUGCUGGUGUUUCCAGUGAAUGGGUAUGAGUAGGAGCAGGCCAGGCGCCUUAGGUGGAUUUGAGUCUCUCAAUCAGAGGCCAUGUGUGGAAGGUGGUGGAUCCAAGUCAUCUACUGGUAGGACCUGACUGUUCUUCCUGAGUUAACUGCACUGUUCCCUGACUUCGGAUUUUGGCUCGCAACCUAUUGGUUGGUAACUUCUUGAAUGUCCUGCUGCACCACCAGAGAGCUCCUAAGCAGGCUUUGACCCCUGACCUCCAGGUGUGGAGGUGUACCAUGUGUUCUCCUGCUCCGGGGGCGUGAACCCGUAUCUGUGAGGAGUCCCCCCGCGGAACCAUGGGAUCAUCAAUGCUGGGGAAGGCAGCCCCCCUCAACACGCUACUGGAUGCCUGCAUCCAGGCUUUUGAUGACAAUGGUGAGUUGCAGUCCAACCAGCUCCCUCGCACCCUGCUGCUGAUGCACCGCUGGUACGUCACGUCCAAAGAGCUGGCUGGGAAGCUGCUCAUGAUAUACCGUGACUGCCAGGGAGAUGAGUGCCAAAGAACGAGACUGAAGAUCUGCUAUUUAAUGAGGUACUGGAUUACGGUGUUCCCUGCAGAAUUUAAUCUGGACCUGGGCCUUAUCCGCCUCACUGAGGAGUUCAGAGACGUGGCGGCUCAGCUGGGCUGUGAGGAACACUUCAAACUCAUUGACAUCUCCACCAUUCCAUCAUAUGACUGGAUGAGAAAGCUGACCCAGAGGAAGAAGCAGGCCAAGAAGGGCAAAGCCUCACUCCUAUUUGACCACCUAGAGCCCAUGGAGCUGGCUGAACACCUCACGUUCCUGGAGUACAAGUCCAUCAGGAGGAUAUCAUUCACAGACUACCAAAGCUAUGUAAUGCACGGAUGUCUGGUGGAUAACCCAACACUGGAGCGCUCCAUCGCCCUGUUCAACGGAGUGUCCCAGUGGGUUCAACUCAUGGUGCUCAGUAAGCUGACACCCCAACACCGUGCUGAGGUCAUCACCAAAUACAUCAACGUGGCCCAGAAACUCCUCCAACUGCAGAACUUUAAUACGCUGAUGGCCGUGGUGGGAGGUCUGAGUCACAGCUCCAUCUCUCGUCUGAAGGAGACCCACUCGCAUCUGGCUCCCGAGGUCACCAAGAUCUGGAAUGAGAUGACGGAGCUGGUCUCCUCCAAUGGGAACUACUGUGCUUACCGCAAGGCGUUCACAGACUCCGAAGGCUUCAAGGUCCCCAUCCUGGGAGUCCACCUGAAGGACCUGAUCGCCGUGCACGUGGUCUUCUCCGACUGGGUGGACGACGACAAGGUGAACAUCGUAAAGAUGCACCAGCUCUACCUCACCUUCAACGAGCUGGUGUCCCUGCAGAGUGCCGCAGCCCAGGUGGAACCCAACAUGGACCUCAUCUACCUGCUCACCCUCUCUCUAGACCUGUACUACACCGAAGAUGAAAUAUAUGAGCUAUCCUUACUAAGGGAACCACGUAACCCAAAGUCUUUGCCUACCUCUCCGACAACCCCCAACAAGCCAAUGGCCCCUCUGGACUGGGCGUCAGGUGUGACAACCAAACCUGACCCCAAUGUGGUGAACAAGCACAUCAGGAAGGUGGUGGAUUCUGUAUUCAGGAACUACGACCAUGACCAUGAUGGCUACAUCUCUCAGGAGGACUUUGAGAGUAUUGCUGCCAACUUUCCUUUCUUGGACUCCUUCUGUGUGUUGGACAAGGACCAGGAUGGUCUGAUUAGUAAGGACGAGAUGAUGGCUUACUUCCUGAGGGCCAACCCCUUGCUCCAGUAUAAAAUGGGCCCUGGCUUUAUCCACAACUUUACGGAGAUGACGUAUCUGAAGCCCACCUUCUGCGAGCACUGUGCUGGAUUCCUCUGGGGAAUAAUCAAACAGGGAUACAAGUGUAAGGAUUGUGGGGUGAACUGCCAUAAGCAGUGCAGGGAGCUGUUGGUGCUGGCCUGUAGGAAGCUGCCGCGCUCCACCUCUCUGCGAAGUGUCUCACCUGGGGGCUUGACCCACAGCUCUCUACCCAGCAGCCCCACCAUGCCCACCUGCAAAGAUGAGGACGAAGUGUUUGAGUUCCCCUCGGUGACACCUGGCGGUUCUGACCUGGAGCAUAAGUCAAUCACCCUGAUGACGGGCUCGGCCCAGCGGAUCUCUGUGCGUCUGCAACGAGCCACCACCAGCCAGGCCACACAGACAGAGCCUCUGUGGCCAGAGCACACGUGGGGUGCUGGGGACGGGAGCUCCCACACCUUUCCCAAGAUGAGAUACCGACCACACAGGAAGGCCUCCAAGAGCAAAGGCUUUGCCCGCUGGGAGAAUGAGGCCCAGGGGCAGCCCAGGGGUCGACGGGAUUCCCAGGAGCAGACGGACGGACCUGCAGAGGUGGUACAGAACGGGAUAACACCACACAGAGAGAAGGUGACUGCAGCUAAGAACAGCUGACAUGGCGACACCGAGGGCCGGACCCAGGGCCCCAGGAGGUCCUCGGCAGCCCGCAUCAUGAAGCUGUCCUUACUGGGGGAAGUACUUGGCUGCUUGAGGCCCCCAUUUGGUGACCUGGAGUAGGACGGACCUCCUCUGACCUAGACGGACAUGUCUUCAGUGAACCACAUGUGAAUAGUGAUGCUGAAUCCCAAACCAGUCUCUUCUCAGGUCCUUUCACCUUCCCUCACACCAAGAAGGUUGGUUCGGGCAAAGGGCUGGUUUGGGAUUCACCAUGAGAGUUCACAUGCCAUAAGAGAGUGAAGGGGAGUGAGAGGAUGUGGGUGGUGGAACUGAAAAAGCCCUUGUUUGGUAGGGUACAGACACUCCUGAAUGCUCCCCAGCUCUACACACCUGCCUUUCCACCCCAUCAGUGUCAUGGGAAAAGGAUCCUGGACUACCUAUAAGUGAUUUAGGUUUGUUGGGGCUCAAACGGGGCUCACCAGUGUUUGACAGACUGAUCGGGUGUCCACCUGUGCCUGUAUGAAUGUCGGAGCAUGUACAUGCUUACUAUUUACAGUGUGUGUGGUCUGUGGUGCACAUACACUAUAUGUGAUAUCUACUGUUGAUUCGCUGAAGAAAUCAUUAAGGGCAUGUAUAAUACCAUGAAAUGAAGUUAUUUGGGUCACGUGACUAAGUUGCAAUAACGUUUUGAGAACAUAGUGAACGUUUUAUAAUGGACUCGGAGAGGGAUGUAAAGUGAGAAUGCAAUUGGAGAUGGGAGAAUGCAUACAUGGAUCGAGAUGUAAAGCAAUAGAAAGUUAAAGAUGAAGUGAAAGUGAUGAGGGAAACAGAGGCAGGUACAUUGUUUCUAAAGGUAAGUUUAUUGUAACAUGACUACUGAUGAGCGUUUAUGUGCCAGUUCUGUAUCUUACUCUGGAAUCCAAGAAAUGGUACUUGCUGUGUGAGCAUGAGAUAAAGAACAAUAUAACCACUGAGACUUGUUUUAUAAAUCAAGGAAUAGUUGUGUCUUUUGGUUAGUCAAGAAAGCUUUAUUGUUUUCCGCCUUAUUAUUUUAAAGGGAUUUGAACUCAAAAGAUGAAAUCUAGUCUUUGUAAUAUGUGCCCACUCAGGACAAUAAGGUGAACUAUGUAUACUGUACACAUAUUUAUGGGUUUAGGCAUGUGAUUUUUCAUACAGUCAUGGAAUACUAGUGAAGCUGGUCAGUGGUCAACCUAUUCUGGAUUUUUCAAAGCAAUGCAGGUUAAAUAUGUGAAAAGGGUCAACGUUGUUGUCUCACUGUCCACACAAGCCAUUGAGUGACCUUUGACCUUUUUUUAAUCAGCUGAAGGAUCAAGCCUGUUGCCUUCAGGCAGAGGUAAUGGAAUCUCCACUAAGCCCUCAGUCAGUGGAGCACUGAUUACUAACUUGCUUACAGUGGCACCAGAUGUGAGCCCAGGUGCUCAUUGUGUUGUGGUUGCCAGGCAUCAGUUGAGUGAGCAGGUCAGUUCCUCCAUCACCAAGGAUACAGCAGGUUACGUAAGAAGAGAUCGUUUAUUUUCAUCUGUAGAGAGACUGUUUGCAGGGACUCCACCCCCUUCAGGGUAGGGAGAACUAGGUAUGGGCAGGUGAGUUAGACAUGGAUCUCUGUAGAGACAAUAGGGUCUGACCUUUUGUUCGACACAGUAGGACAGAGACAAGAACAGGGCCUCAGGGUCAGAGCACUCCAUGUUGGAGGAGGGGCAUGGGGAAAAGAUAGUGUAUAUUAGCAAGAGAUAUCCAAAGCCACAUAUACAAGAGUUAAGGGAUGGAAAUUAUUCAGUGCUUAGUGAGUCAGAGCAAUAUCACUCUCUUUGCUACUGGACGACUCAUGGAUAAUGUGGUGUUCCUGCAAGGUCUUAAACCCACAAUAUCCUCAUACCUGGCUGAAAUCAAAGACAGAAAAGUGUUGUGAUGCCACAGAGGUUAUUUUCUAAAUGGCUGAGCUGCUUUUAGAGUACAUUGGUCUGCUUGAGUUCUCAUUGAUCUUGGUGCCAGAUCCUACAAACAGUAGCUCUAUUGGAGCUUUUACGUGUUGGGUAUUGAGAACAUACAGUACACGUGCAUGUAUAAUAUUACACUAAUGAAGACCAAUAAUCUGAUCGUUGAAGGUUCUGAAGUCCCUGCUUGUCUCACACUCACAUACAGGUGUUACCACACUUGACAUCAAAUGGCUUUAUUGUUUGUUUUGAAAACGGUUGAGUUAUCAUGUUGAUAAGGGAUAUUAAGGCAGUGGCAACUUCAUUUCUGCCACGACAUACUUUUUUUGUUGUAAAUGGGACACAUUCCAACAAGACUUUAUAUUUUUUCAGUCAGAUUAUUGUCAACAAUAUUGAUGACACUAUUAUCAACAUUAUUAUCAUGAACUGGUCUACUUGAGAAAAGUGUGUUAUCUCACUUGAUUGUGUUUGUCAUCUAUUUUAUUUUCAUUCUAUCUAUUUGUAUUGUUUAUGGAGAGAAUUAUGUAGCAUUGUUUAUUUUGUCAUUGUGUGCCAAUGUUAUUUUAUUAUUUGUUGAUGAGUGGCAAAUUGAUACACAUUUUGAUAAUGUACAGUAUUAAACAGAUUUUUCAGCACCUAGUUUAAUCAGUUCAGAUUUGUCAAAUUGUUAUUGAAGGCUACCACAGUAAACUACUAUCUCGGUCAAAUCUUUAGAAGUGCAUCCUGUAACCAAUCAUAUGGCAAUGUUUUUUACUCCUUGUGUAUUUGUGAAACAGUGAAAUGUACCAUCUCUAGCCUGUUACCUGCUGACCCAGUAGACAUAUAGUCUAUUUAUGUUUAUGAGGGAAAAGUAAAGCCAAUACAUAUUCUGAGGCCAGAAAACUCCCUCCGGCCCAAUAUCUGAUGUAUUAUUAGUGGGGGAAAAUGCACCAACUAAUCAACCUGAAUUCUGGAUUUAUGUAUGUAAUAUGAAUGUAUAUUUACCCAUAGAAUCACAAUUAUUUUAUGAAGGGACAAAUCUCUCAGUAACGUGAUAGGCUACAUCCCAAAAUAAAUACUGAACAAAAAUAUAAACGCAA